AUGUUCUGCCGUAAGCACAUUCAGGUCUCGGGAUUCCACCCACUGCGGCAGGGCGAUGCAUCUGAUCGGGGAUCUGAGUGUCCAUCAGAGUGGGUGCUGCUCCAGUUCAGCAGCCAUAGGCACCGUGGCAUCGUUCACCUCGGCGAUGAAGUGUGCUUUGCCCGUGAGAUGCGCGGAGAGAGGAGAAAGGAUCGAUUCGCCGUUUUAGCCUUGGAGCCAAACCUGGAUAGCAGCGACAUGGAUCCAGUAAUUCGGAGGGACGUGACACUGGGGGAGGUCACAGAUGCAUGCAGAUGGACCAUUGUUCACGCAGAUGGAGAGAUAUCAGGCAAACCAGUGCAGUGUGAAAUGCCUCUGCUUCUUCGUGGCAAAUACAAUGAUUGUCUUGCUGUUGGCCGCUCGCUCUGGGGUACCACGGUCUCCCCAGUUCGAAGAUCAGGCAAAAGUCUGGUAUGCAAGGGAAGAGAUGCCCGUAUGCCAGAUCUCCGCUUCAGAAUAGUGCGGGCAGGCAUCCCUUUCAGCGCUGAGCCGGUGCAACCUUCGGUCCCUUCGGCCUCGCCUCCGCCUCCACUGAUCGGACCCGAAGCCGAAGCAGAGCUUUUCGGAAGCAAGUCUCUGGAAGAGCAGGAGCAACUGCUGCUGGAUGACCUUCUUUUCUGUCUGCAAGGCUUCGAGGGCACGUUUAUCCGAAAGAGCCUCAACUCUGCGGAGCCCCUCUUCGAGGUAGAUGUGCCCCCAGGUGCAGAUGCGUCAACUGCUCAAUUUGUGCAGCAGCUGUUGCCGCUGUGCAAUCACCACGCAUUUGUUCAAAUUUUCAUGAGCCAGCACAGCAGUUACGAGUAUGGUACCGUGAACCACGCUCUCUGUGCGGCCUUGCGAGAUCUGCUCCGCGAAUUUGCGAGCAAGGUGGCUCACUGGGAGACCUCGUUCCGCGCGGGCGAGUUGAGCUUGGCUGGGCUGUGGUACCAGUCACAAGCCUCCAUGGAUACUUUUGCCCUGCUGCAUCGUGUUACUGCACAUGUGUCUGGCCAGCUUGGAGGAGCUGUCUUGAACGGCAUCGAGGAGGUCAUGACCAAGACCAGCCUCACCGCAGCCCAGGAGCUUUGCGAACACCUACUGCAGCAGGCUUCACGGCCUUACUUCGACAUGGUGUCCAUGUGGGUCUAUGAAGGCCAACUGCAAGAUCCAUAUUGCGAGUUUUUUGUUUCUGAGAGUCAUCGUGCUCGUGAUGAACGUACCGGUGGCCCAGCUGCAGACUUCUGGCAGAAGCACUUCACGCUGGACGAGAGGGCAGUGCCUCAGUUCCUGGCCUCCAGUCGGGAGCGAAUUCUUCAUGCAGGAAAGUAUCUUCACAUCUACUUCUCAGCCGCACCUGGCAGACCGCUGCCGGAACCCGCAGGAGGACGAGCGCCCUUCCGCUACUCCCGUCGGCGGCGGGACUAUGCAGAGGCGAUAGACGUGGCCUAUCGACGAGCUGCUGCAGCUCUGCUGGAUCUCUUCAUGAAACCGCAGCCCGAUGGGCUGGAUCUCCUGGGUCGAUUGAAGUCUUUGCGGCAUUUCUUCUUCCUGAGCAAGGCUGAUUGGUUUGGCCACUUCCUGGACACGGCGGGGGAGCUAGAACGGCCUGCAGAAGAGAUACCCUUGGCACGGUUGGAUAGUCUUCUGGAUCUGGCUGUGCGUGCUUCGUCCAUGGCUACGGACCCGUACCGUGAAGACAUCUCUUGUGGCCUGCACUCCUUCCGCGUGGAGGACGCAUGUCAUCGGAUGGUGAAAGGCUCUGCAGAAGAUGCAGAGAAGGAGGAUGCUUCUGCUUCAGGGGUAUCAUCCACUGCGCCUUCUGGAGGUGUGGGCAGUGAGGGCUCCGGCGUGCGAUGUCUGACUCUGAAGUAUCGGACGGCCUGGCCGCUUUCGAUCCUGUUCUCGCGAACCAUCUUGCUGAAGUACCAGGUGAUUUUUCGUCACUUGCUUUAUUGUCGAUAUGUGGAGCGGAAGCUUGUGGAAGUUUGGGUGGACCAUCAAUGCACCAAAGAGCUUGGCUUGGACUCGAGCUUUAGCCCGUAUUAUUCUCUCAGGCAGCGGAUGCUUCACUUCUGCCGUGACUACAUUUAUUAUGCAACUGUUGAAGUGCUGGAGCCAAAGUCGCACGAGUUUCUUACCACUUUGCGACAAGCAGAGACAAUCGACGAUGUGCUACACUGCCAUGACCGUUUUCUUGAAGCCUGCUUGCGCGAAGUCGUUCUUACAGAGCGAGAUCUCUAUAGGCAUUUGUCAAAAGUGCUGCAGACGUGCUUGACCUUCGCUCACAACUUGCGCAGGUUUUCGCACAGCAUCGGUGUGGAGCCCUUGGAGGAACCCUUGGAUGGCAAGACCCCCGCAGAACGAAGGCUGGCAAAGGCACGUCAUAGCACACAGCGCUACCUAUCCCUUCUCUCGCAGAGGCACUACUCCAAGAUGAUGGCGAAGUGGAAGACAAUUUUCGAGAGCCAGUUGCAAGCAUUUCUGCGUCAGAUCCAGCAGGAGUCCAAAGCUCGGUAUGAGCACUUCCUGAGCAACUUGGCCACGCGUCUGGACUACAACGACUAUUACUCAUCCGUCCUGACAGGACAGCCCGACAUGCCACCCUCGUGA